CGAGUACUCUUCGUUCGUCCUCAGUGCAGGAUAACGACUGUGCCCCCUGUCACCAACGAAAAGCAAGGCGCGUUAUCAGUUUGACGUCACGUUAUCGUCGCGGCUAUUACAGUGUCCACUACACGACUGAUAGAGAGAAUUACGCCUGUGGGGUUUUUCAGAGAUCUCUGGACAAUCAUCAUCAAAACUGCUGAUCAUGGAUGUAAUUUUGCGUCGCUGCCCAUUCCUGGCUCGUGUGCCCCAGGCCUUCCUCCAGCAGACCAAAGCGUCUCUGGUGGUUUACGCCCAGCGAUGCCCUGUCAUGAUGGAGCUGGCCUCAAAACCUAUGGCCCCAUCAAUGGCACGGGCCCUCUGUUCAUCCUCCUCUAACCACCAGAAGACUGAGGGCACCAUGUCAACUGAAGGCCCCAAAGUGGAGCCCAGCCUGCCUGCUGGUCACCCUGUGCCUCCCUCUGGCCAGACAGGGGCUUCCAAAUGCCCUUUUCUGUCUGCUGAGAUGAGUCAGAAGACCAGCACUGUGGUCCGCCAAGUCGGACUGGAGUUCCAAGAGGAUGUUCAGGAAAUUCGCACUGUUCAGAAAGAAGUGUCUUCUGCCCAGCUGAUGCAGUCUUCCUUGGCCAGUACCACCAAGGGAAGUGGAAAGGAGCCAACUGAUCUGAUGAAGACCCUCCUGAAACAGCGACCUAAAAUGAUCUCCCAUUUGCUGCAAGACAACUUGCCAGGCACUAUGUCCCGCUUCCAGUAUGAUGAAUUCUUUGAAAAGAAGAUAGAAGAGAAGAAGAGUGACCACACUUAUCGCGUUUUUAAGACUGUGAACCGUCUGGCCUAUGAGUUCCCCAUGGCGGAAGACUUCACUGGCUCUCUGGCUGAAAAGAGGGAGGUGUCUGUGUGGUGCAGCAACGACUACCUGGGCAUGAGUCGACACCCUCGAGUCACAAAGUCUAUAAUGGAAACUUUACGAAAGCAUGGGUCAGGAGCAGGAGGCACCAGGAACAUUUCUGGAACCAGUAAAUUCCACGUGGAACUGGAACAAGAACUGGCUGACCUCCACAACAAGGACGCUGCACUGCUCUUCACCUCCUGCUUUGUGGCAAAUGACUCCACCCUCUUCACCCUCGCCAAGAUGCUACCUGGUUGUGAGAUCUACUCUGAUUCAGGCAACCAUGCCUCCAUGAUCCAGGGCAUCAGAAACAGUGGUGCGAAAAAAUUUAUUUUCCGCCACAACGACGCGGCCCAUCUCCGGGAGAUGUUGCAGAAGGGAGACCCAAACAAACCAAAGAUUGUAGCCUUUGAGACCGUCCAUUCCAUGGAUGGUGCUGUGUGUCCGCUGGAGGAGAUGUGCGAUUUGGCCCACGAGUUUGGUGCCAUCACCUUCGUAGACGAGGUUCAUGCAGUGGGCUUGUAUGGCACCAGAGGAGGGGGCAUUGGAGACCGGGAUGGUGUCAUGCACAAGAUGGAUAUCAUCUCAGGGACACUAGGAAAGGCCUUUGGCUGCGUGGGCGGCUACAUCGCGAGUACGACUGCCCUGGUGGACAUGGUGCGUUCCUACGCAGCUGGGUUUAUCUUCACCACCUCUCUGCCCCCAAUGCUGUUGGCUGGAGCCAGGCAGUCCAUCCAGGUUCUCAAAGGGGAAGAGGGCCGCGCACUGAGACGCAAACACCAGCGCAACGUCAAGCUGCUCAGACAGAUGCUGAUGGACUCGGGACUUCCUGUGGUGCACUGUCCCAGCCACAUCAUCCCAAUCCGGGUAUCGGAUGCAGAGAAAAACACACUGGUGUGUGACCUUAUGAUGAGCCGCCACAACAUUUACGUGCAGGCAAUCAACUAUCCCACCGUUGCCAGGGGAGAGGAGCUCCUGCGUAUCGCUCCAACGCCUCAUCACUCUCCAGAGAUGAUGAAAUAUUUUGUUGAGAGGCUGGUGCAUACAUGGAAGGAGGUUGGCCUGGAUCUGAAGUCACACUCAACGGCUGAGUGUACAUUCUGUCAACAGCCGCUUCACUUUGAGGUGAUGAGCGAGCGUGAAAAGUCUUACUUCAAUGGCCUCAGUCAUCAAAUCUCAGCCUGCGCGUAACACUGCUCAAAGCUGCUGGCUCGAUAUGGCACAUAUAUUCACAAUACCCAUUCCUCUAUCACUGUCAUAGAAUGUAUUAAUUGUCUUUCUAAGUCCUUCUUCACAAAUUAUUUAAAGUAUAUUCUAUGAUCAGAUGCUCUAUAUAUGCCAAGUAAAGUUUGAGAAAGAAAGAA